AUGCCCGUCUUCGAAGUCCGUAAAUCCAUGCAAGAGAGGUACAGCGUCGACAGACGGAACAUCUAUGAUUACUUCCAUUCUCGGGGAUUACGGGUCUCAAAAGAGGACAAGCAUCAGAACCUGGUCAGGAGCAGGAAGGCGGCGGCUGCCAAGACGGCACCAGCUACUGGU